UGAAUUUCCCAAAACCUCAAUCGUAGACGUAUAGUCCUCCGUGAAGCAUUCGCCGAGAGGAGAAAUAUCAGAAAUAAACGGAAGCAAGCAUGACUGAAGCCGAAGUGAAUCCCAAGGCCUACCCCCUGGCCGACGCCACACUUUCCAAAACCAUCCUGGACCUUGUGCAGCAAGCCUCCAACUAUAAACAGUUGAGGAAAGGGGCCAAUGAGGCCACCAAGACAUUGAACCGUGGUAUCUCUGAGUUCAUUGUGAUGGCUGCUGAUGCUGAGCCACUGGAGAUCAUCCUCCACCUGCCGCUGCUUUGCGAGGACAAGAACGUCCCCUACGUGUUUGUGCGCUCUAAGCAGGCCCUGGGGCGUGCCUGUGGGGUCUCCCGCCCUGUCAUCGCCACCUCAAUCACCAUCAAGGAGGGCUCUCAGCUGAAGCCCCAGAUCCAGUCUACCCAGAUGGCCAUUGAGAGACUGCUGGUCUGAUCUGGUUGCUGCUCUGCUCUCUAUAGAAUUGGAUAGUCUAAAGGACUAUGUCAGGCAAUUUUAAUUGUGUGUUCUUUUGGAUAGUUGAAUUGAAUUGUCUUUGGAAGAUACAUUGUAUUUUGUCAGGAACAUACUAUGUUAUGUAAUUUACUCUUGUUUUGUGAUAAUAAAACAUUUCUUUUUA